UUUUGACAUUUGUGAAUAUAAUUCUGAGGUUUUUUGGCUUAAAGGUCAAGAACAGCUAUUAAUAGAGGUUUGACUACUUUUAGACGAAAGAUGUUUCAAUAUUUGAAUCAGUUACAAGUUUUUUUCUGAAGGUGAAAUUUGAAGUUACCAACUGCUUAGAGUUGACAAAAUUAUUUCAUCUUUGGUUUGAUGUUCAUUGCAUUACUUUGACGAUAAAAUGCAAACAGAAUUUUAUAUUUUCUUGCUUUUUUCUGUUUUCCCAUCAAUCAGGUCAGAUGAAGAUUUUGUAUUCGAUGGAAUCAACCAAGAAUACAUAAAUUCUCAUGGCAAUUACUUUUUAGACGAACUGGUGUAUCAUUUCACAUUCCCACUGAGGCAUGUACAUUGGAUCGGCGAUAGAUUUCGAGAUCAUCAAAUGGUAAUUCGCACUUUUCCAACGGAAAUCAAUGAUUUCAAGGAAAACACUGAACUUACCAAGAAUAUAAGUUUGGAAAUGGAAACUUCUUGUGGUUCUUCAAAAUCAGCAUUUGAUAAAACAGAUUUGGUUACAUUAACUUUGAUGGAGAAACAAAAUAAUCGUUCAGUUGCCGUUGAAACAAUUCAAAUCGAUCCAUUAUCAGUCGACUUUUACAGUCCUAAACCAACUAUGGAACAGUUCAAGAUGCUUGCUGAAGAGGAAAUAAAGAGAAGAGCUAAACUUUGUAAUGAUUUGUGUGCAAAAACCAUAAAACCAUCUAAUGGACGCGAUAUUUUGGUUUGUCCAAAUGGCACCUGCACAUGCAAUGAAAAGAUUGAAGAUGUCGCCAAAAGUUAUGCUGAAAUGGAAAAGUUUGUCAAAAUAAUGAAAUAUCUUGAACUGUUCCAGGAUUGGUCAUCAAGCUGUACAUUGGAAUUAGAUUGGUAUAGAUUUACACCUCAAGCUAUCGUUGAACUGGACAACAAAACUGCUUCAUCGCUUCCAAAACUCAAUAAUAAUCACUAUUUUAUUGCUUCCUUCACCGACACAAAAAGACGAAAGAGUGUAGCGUUGAUAUUGAAAAAAUAUAAAAUCAUUUGAAUGAUACAUAUCCAACUCAAAUGUCGAAAAAUAAAAUUCAACAGUAAAUAUAUUUUUCAUAACGACAAUUUCCUAACAAUGUUUUAUCAAAGGCAUUUCGUAAAUCCGUCUGUCUAACAACCAGAGGUGAAUGUAACAAAUAGGUAUUUGAAUCAAAUUGUGUUGCUGAUUGUUGGUCAUAAUUUAUGGUUGAAAAGUAAAACAAUUUAGUCAAUCCGUAUCUUUUACUAUUGACUUUGGGGGAAAAACUUUUUGGUUAUUCAGGUUGAUGGUUUAUUGUUGGAUUAGAAGGAUAAAUAAAACUGUCUUUCGAGUAAAGCGUUAAGUGAAAAAUACUGUACAAAAAGAUUUCAUUUUGUUCAGCUGCAUAACCAGAUUUUAUUUUAUUUGUACGUUUUUCUCAUUGACGAUGGUUUUUCAUCAAGAAUUUGAGUGUUUAAAUAUGGAUUGAUUUCAUUGUACUCAGUGGGACCGGCUUUUUUCCACCAUAUCCGUCACUUCAUCAACCACUUUUUUACCGUUUUUUAUCGCAUUGGACAAUAUGGUGAAAAAAGCCAGUCCCGUAUUCAGUGAAAAAAUUAAGAUCAGUCAUGAUCGUAGGUUCCACUUGUGUAUUUAAAUACAAUAAAUUGUAAUUUUGCUUAAACUUUUUGCGAGUUAUUAAUAAAAGAU